CUGUCUCACAUACUCUAUUUUUCAGAGCAGGGGACUCGCCUCUUGAGCACUUCUUUAGCUUUCUCUCUGAAUUUGAACCUUUUUUGGAGCAUUUUCUCACACCUGAAACAACAGCUCGCAUCUUGAGAUAGAGUUUUUCUGGUCUCGUGUAAGCUCCACUGAUGACCAGAUAAACAGACAGUGGCAUGAAAAAGACUGAGAGGUGGUGGUGGAUUGGUGACUACAACUGACAAAGAUGGAUCUGCUAACAAUCUUCUGUCACUUACUGCUUUUAUUUUUUGAUCCAUCUACAGCCACAAGCCUCAUCACAGCGGAUGUAUUUCAAGCCAGAGGUCAGCGUGUGUGCAAGGCAGGAAAAGGGAGGCCGUGUUACAAGCUGGCCUAUUUCUCAGAGCUCCGGCGGAGGCUGAACUUUGUGGAGGCAGAGCUCGCCUGCAAACGGGACGGAGGGCAGCUGCUGAGCGUGGAGACGGAGGCUGAGCAGAAGAUCAUUGAGCAGCUCAUCACAGAGCUCCGUCCUACUGAUGGAGACUUCUGGAUUGGUCUCCGCCGUAGCCAUGGAGAUGAGGAUAGCAGCUCAGACUGCUCCUCACAGUACUACUGGCUGGAUGGCAGCAAGUCUACAUUUAGGCACUGGCACUGGGACGAGCCAUCAUGCGGCUAUGAGGUGUGUGUGGUAAUGUACCACCAACCAUCUGCACCUCCAGGUCUCGGGGGGCUCUACAUGUUCCAGUGGAACGAUGACAAUUGCGAAACCAAGAACAACUUCAUCUGCAAAUACACCGCAGAGAAGCCACUGGAGCCUUCCCCUUCCCCCAACUCCACUCAAGCAGAUGUCGUCCCUUCAUCCGUGCAGCCGUGGAACCCAAGUGACCAAAACCAGGACAGAAGUACAGCUCUGAAUUUGGUUUACAUCAUCAUUCCCACCAUUCCCCUGAUACUGCUGUUGCUGACAGUGACUGGAGUCUGCUGCUUCAAACUGCUUGUCAGACGCCGGAGAAAACAGCAGAAAUCAGAAGUAUGCCAGACAGAUCCAGGCCUCUGCGCCAGCCCAGCUCCAGCUGACGUCUACAAUGUCAUUCGCUCCCAGAAGGAGGAUGACCUGGUGUCAGCUCGCCCGCACACUAAAAACACCUCCUUUUUAUGCUCCUCCCCUGACACACCGACAGGUGACUAUGACAACCUGGGAGGUCGGGACACAGAGAGUGGCUUUGUAACACUUGCCAGCACGGAGAGUUGCUUCCUCAACUUUGAACUCAAUGACUUCAGCCUUGGACGCCGUGGCACCCGUGACUUCUACGACACCAGCCUGGGCCGCUCAGGAAAGAGGGACUUGAAUGACAGCAGUCUGGGUCGCACUGGGCACAGAGAGUUUUAUGACAGGAGUCUAGGUCGCCGAACAACAAAGAGUGAGCAUUACGGCAGCAGUGUGUAUGGGGACCAGGGAUUGUAUGAUAGCAGUAUCAGAGGAGGGAGUGACCUCUAUGAUUCCAAACAGAGGCCUGGAAGUCACACAGUAAAGGCUGACCUCUAUCAGACAUACAUCACCAACGGCAAGGACGACACUUACCAAACCAGCCUCGGAACCUACGGAAACCGAAAAUCCUACCAAUCUAAUCUGGAUUCCUACAGAAAUGGCCUGAAUCUUGAGGGCGGAAGGAGAUACUUCAAUGAACAAGAGUGGAUCAACAGAGAAAAUUACUGAUCCUAUAAACAGCUCUUGUGUUGUUUGUACGUGUGAUUGUAGAUUUGGAUGAGAAUGGCAAAAAAAAAAAAACUGUGCAUGUUCGUGGUUGUAAUUGUUUCUACAAUAUGUUUCUGAAACUUUUUAGGAUGAAAAUCAGGUGAGGAAAUGGUCAAAUUAUAUUUUGUCACUGGGCCUACAAUUCACCAUGUGACAAUAAGUUUUGGUAAUAUGAACCUGUAUCAUUGUAUCAUUUGUCAUUAGAGUCAGUUCACCCAAAUUACAAAAAACAUUAAAAAAAAAAAUAUAUAUAUAUUUUCUCAUUUACCCCUGGUGCCGUCUUACCAUGCUGACAUUUUGGGUUUGAUUUCUCAGGUUUUGAGACGUCCACUUAUGACAUUUCUGCUUAUACACCCAACUUGGUUCGCAAUGCUCACAGCACUUGAAAAUUAUGCUUAAAGAAUUAAACUGCAACGUAUCUUUCUGUUAAUGUCCAGGUUAUUAUUGAAAAUCCACAGACCUCACUGUGAAUAGCUUUCAUUAGCCCAUGAAAACUGCUGACAGUAAGCUGUUUCUUUUUUUUCUAGUAAUUCUUUUAGGGCCAUGGGCACCAAAAAUCCAUUCACCUUUAUUAUAUUGCGGUGGCAGAAGAAAUAUCAAAGAUGAAUAUCUCAAAACCACAACAAAUAAAACCAAAACAAUCUGCAUAUCAAGACACUGCACCAUUAAGGGCAUGAAAAAAAUGUUUUUUUGGUAGUUUGGGUGAUCCAACACUUUAAAAGAGUCUUGAGAAUGAGAUUAGAUAUUAAAUGGGAACUCCACUGAUUUUACACAAAGUCUGUUUAUACGCCUUGGGGAGUACUAUUGCAUGUGAAGUAAGUAUUGCAUAAAAUCUUUCGUGGCUCCAUAGGGAGCUGAGUGAAUGUUCAUAAGUGACAUCACGAGUCAAUGUUGGGCUGAAGUCUGAAAAUUAAAAAAAAAUCUGGAUGUGUGGGGUUUACCAGACCUCAGUAGCCCGCUUCACUUCUCUGCUUGGGGCUGGUAGCAUGAGGCCACAUUAGCUGCUACACACCUGAAUCUCCAACUAAACUGUCGAUGGUUGAGUUGCAUUGUGAGUAAAGUAAGCUCCAGGUUUUGACAAGAAAAAUGUGUGUAAUUAGAUUAGGAUCAAAGAUAAUAUCUAAUAUUUAUAAUGCUGCAUUGAUUUAGAUUCUUUUUUUUUUAAUGAAAAAAUGCUGUGACAAUGUUAUAGAUGUGCUAUACUAAAUCGGUGGAGUACUUUUAACACAAGCCCUCUCUACAUGACUGAACCUCAAGACCUCUGUAUCUACAGGCCCCAGUCAUGUCAGUUGAUGUUGUGCUCCUUUCGUUUAAAAUUACCACAAACAAAUGCACACACAGGAAACCUGGGGGUCUUUGAAAGCAGUUCAGCCUUGGGGAGUAAAGAAGCCCAGCUCAAAUGAAAACUACCAAACUCCCUCAGAUCUGACUGAGUGAUUGUAAGUGACUUUGACAAUACGUGUGUGUGUGUGUGUGUGUGUGUGUGUGUGUGUGUGUGUGUGUGUGUGUGUGUGUGUGUGUGUGUGUGUAGCAGCCUGUUUGCAUGGCCUUGUCAUGCUGCCCUUGCUUGGUAUGGAGGUCUUGGACCAUUACGUUUGCUGUGCCUGAAAAUACUAUUUUAAUCACAACAUAGUUUACCUGAUAUAAACAGGCUACCUCGAACAGAUUGAGACACAAUAAACCAAUAAUGCUUGAGGGAGCAUAUACAACUAAAACACACACAACUAUAGAUUAUUUUUUUGUACAGUGUGUUGUCACAUGGCCUUAAAUUGUAAGAUGUCCAGAUCUUGAACUGAAUUUCACUGAUACACCUGUUCCCUCAUUUAUCAAUGGUCUUGUGUCUCCUUUUGAGUAAAGACUAAUAAAAACUGCUAGUGAGAAGAAAGGUGGCUCAUACAGUGAAUUCAGCUUGAGUGCCUGCAGCCUGACUACAGCAUGAUAUCAAAGACAAUGAGAAAAUAUAGCAUUAUUAUUAUUAUUUAUUCAGAAUGUAUAAUGCCUUGACAUCUCUCCUGUAAGUGAGAGUAGUUUGUAUGUUUGUUACAUAAGGAAAUCUUCAAAUAAAAAGAUUACAGUUAAAUCAA